AUGCCCCCGAAACGGAUUCUACGAAAGGGGCGGGCCGAUGCCGCCGAAGCGGCACGCGAGCUACCGGAGCAGAUCAGCGAGAAUCACGUAUGGAGAAUCUACCACCUCUCCCAAGUCGGCUGCUCGCAACACACGCUGCCCCAACCGAAAACCACUAACUGCCACUUCAACCCAUAUUGUCUACAACGGAUUGGCAUCGAGAAAUUUGAAAAGGCAAUCAAGACGCAUGAGGUCGAUCAUAAGAAGGCGGAGAAAGAUUUGGAAGAGCGAAACCUGGUCGAGAAGCCGUGUGGGCUUUUGAAUUCGGGCAAUUUCUGUUAUGUCAACAGUUUUCUUCAGAUCUGGUUCAACGACCCGCAUUUUCGGCAGAUUAUUUUUGAUUGGCGGCCUUCAGAGGAAUAUAUUUCGCCUGAACCGCCACGGCUCGAUGUCCAGAAGGUGAUGAACUGCUUGCAAAAAUUGUUCUACCUACUUCAAUAUUCUCCCUUGGAUACAUGUGCUGUCAAGGAGUUCACAAGCGCGUUGCGACUUGGAAACGAGCAGCAAGACGCUCAAGAGUUCAGCCUCAUGUUUUUCGAUGCGCUCGAUCGCCAUCUACUCAAUCACCCCAACGGACUCGAGACGAGGAAUCGAAUUGUCGCGCAUUUACAGGGUUCAACCACCCAGCGUAUAACUUGUCGCUGCGGCCGAGACAGCAAAACGGAAACGAUGGUGCAAUCGCUCCCAUUAUCCAUUGACAACACCAAAACGCUCACCGACAUGCUACAACGAUAUUUUGCCACUGAAGAUCUCGAAGAUUAUAUGUGUGAUCAAUGCGGGGAGCGGGGCCACGUUCAACGUCAUCUCGAGAUGGAGCGCUUCCCGCAAGUGCUAUUGCUCCAAAUUAACCGCUAUCAAUUCGACGCUAACAAUCGGAAUAAGAAGAUCAAGACGGCCGUCCAAUUCCCGCAAGAGCUUGAAGGUGACGCGUUGCGGCCCGGAUCGGAUCGAAAAACAGGGAUCAAAUACGAUUUGUGUGCGGUGAUGAUCCACGAAGGCGAAAGAACGGAAUACGGCCACUACUACGACAUCAUUUGGCGCAGUGAAAAUGACAAGUGGUACCAAUACAACGACGAGGUCGUCACCGAGGCAAAGCGCCCGGGUGUCAGCAUCGAGAACGCCAAGAACCCACCAUCAAAGCCGGGCCAAGAUCUGAAGUCCUGUUACGGUCUUGUCUAUCGUCAACGAAAAUUCGACCCCGAAUACAACAUGCCGCCACCGGAGGAACUUUGGAAGGCUUGGGAACGAGAGGCCCGCGAAGAAUUCAACGAGAAGAGCGGAAGAACUUUGCAAGAGUCGCUGGAAGGGCUCGAGGAGAUGAAGAGGCGCCAAAAGACUGUUUCAAGUCUUUUUGCCGAGCUACAGAUCAUCCCCAACAAGGAAAAUGAGUACAUCAACAAAAAGGAUCUCAUCUCUUUCCUGCCGACGCGGCUUAUGAUUGAUUUGAUAGAAGCGGAGUAUCGACGGGGCAAAGCGAAAUACGAUUGCGUGAUGGAAAAGGUGAAAGGAUUGACGCCAACAAUCAAGGAUCCGGAUGAGGAGGCUCUAGCCGCCGUGGAAGACACAACACACAUCUCCCGACAGAGCAAACGAUUGACGCGUAAACGGAUGGCCGAAGAAUUAGAGGAGAAAAAGCGCUUUUUCGUCGAACGAAUGGUCAUCAGCAAACAUCUCGGCACUUACAACAUCCUGCUAUGCUCCCACGGAAAGGUCGACAUCGAACAGAUGAUCCGCGGCGACGUGAAAAUUGUCGACGCAACCGCCGUUGAAGAGUUGCUCGACCGGUACCGCAUCCUGAUGCAUUAUGAAAAGCGCGAUCCGCCAAAGCACAGAACUCUUCGGGGAUGGGAUGUAUGUCGUGAAUGCGUCGAAGAGCUUCGCCAUGAAGCCUAUUCGAUGGAACAAAUCGAACGUGACGACAAGCUGGCUUCCACCGUCCUCAAGGAGGAAAAGAUUCGCUGCCCUACGCGAGUCGCCCCAGCUCAGGGAUUUUAUUAUGUGUCCAAGAAGGCGUUACAAGCCUAUAAAAAGCGCGCGCUGAAAGAGGAAGAGUGCCGGCGCAAAUUGCACGAACAGACGAGCAAUCUGGUCUUCUAUGUCGAAUCGAGCGCAGGGAUCACUCCAUCUACGAGCCAAAUGGUCACCUCGAAGCGAAUUCGUACGGCAUCACAUUCCGCGAGCCCAACUGUCAAUGGAGGAACUUGCGAAAAUGCAGCGAGCCCGGGAUCCACAAUGGAAGUCGUUGGCGAAGAGAAGGCUACGUGUUCGUCACCAGAAGCGGCUUUCGACCAGGAUGUCAGCGCCACGCUCGAGAGCAUGCUGGAGAACGUGACUGCAAACGUGGAUGGCGUGGAGGAAAAUGGGACGGACGCAAGCAAUAAGAAGAUGAAUGGGCAUAGAAGGAGUCCAACGCCUAUCGCUGGAACAUCUAAUGGCCAUUCAACACCCGGUGAGGACAUGGAAAAUAUGGAAUUCAACCACGAGCUGCGCUGUGCCCACGGAAACCUAAAUCGAGAAGGACGAUUGGCGGUGUCUCCCGAAGAAUGGGAGCGCUUGCGGUCGAACUUCCGCGCCUAUUACGACGUGCCAGUUUCAUCCCCUAACUGUAGCGAAUGCGAGUACGAUGCUCAUGUAAAAACGCUAGACAGCGAAGAAUUGUCCUACAAAGUGGAACAACUUGUCACACAGCUUCCGGAGCUGAUCAAGGGCUACGAGGGAAGGCGGCACUUGUCGAAGACGGUGCUGAAGCGGGACUAUCCGUUCCUUGUCUGUAAUCGCUUCCUCGAAAAGUUGUUGAAGUUUUCUAAGGCUGGCCGUAAUCGUCGCCUCGUGACUAGCUUCGACUUGUGCCAGAAAUGCGUGUUGUGCGAGAGCCAUGGCCUUCCAUUCAUCAGUAUCGACCCGGAAGUGCUCAAGGAUAUGGCCUAUCUAAUCCCAAUCAAACGCAAAGAAUGGGAGGUGAUCGCUGAAGUGAUGGGACGCGGCGACAUCAGUCCACCUCAGGAGAUUCUGUACACCGAAGGGGACAUUGUCGACUUCUGCCACGACUGCCAUGGCCACCAUCUUCAAGCCUACAACGCCAAGCAGUUCACCUACAGGAAUGGGACCGUCUAUGUCAAAUUGCAAAACGACCUGCAAGAAGCGCCCACCACCGGCCAGACGACCCGCCGCGCUGCCGCCAAACAUUUACUCAAGGUAAAAAUGGACAGCUCGGACACUGUGCGCGGGAUGAAGGUAAAGCUGUACCAGCUCACCCAGCACAGCCCCAACGAUCAGAUGUUGAUGCACUCGGGUAUGGAGCUGGACGACGAUUCGACGCUCGAAGCCCUACGAAUCCUGCCGAAUAAUCAGGAGACGCCGGUGAUCCUCGUCGCCCAGACCUACAACGGAAACGUCGCCCUCCCCGAUGAGCCCCGGGCCCCGGAACGAGGCUUCUCCGACACUGCCCUGGCCCAU